UAAAUUUAAGGAUAAAACAGGCUGUACAUUUCAAAUUGAAAAUAUUGUGCAUCAAUAAAAAUGUAAAGUUGCAUGGUUUUUUUUUUCUUCUUCUAUUUUUGUAGAUUAAAGUGGAAUAAGUCAUGGAUUCUAUGGCCAGAAUAAGAAGUACAACAAACUUAAUAUCAAGGCGCAAGGAAUACAAUAAAAAGUGGAUAUCGUACAAGAGAAAACUGCCAGACGAUACAUGUACCACUUUGAAACAGAAUUCAAUAGACCAUAUUGAUACAUGUUCAUCUGAAUCUGAUACAGAUUUUUCUUAUACAGAGGCUGUCAAAUUAUUGAAUACAACAGACAACACUUCUCUUGAGGAAAACCAUCUGUCAUCUUGUAUGGAUGGAACACAUGCAGUCCCCUGUAGCACUGCAGAGGUAUCAGAAAGUAAUAGUGUAAUUGAUAGUAGUGACAUUAACGGAACUGAAUGGGAUGUUUUAGAUAGGUUGGAAAUGAUGCAACCUGUGACAAGUGAGUCCGAAACUGAUGAGGAUGACCUAUUUUCCAUAGGUGAAGAGUUAAAAGUUUGGGCCAAUAAAUUUGAAAUAAAACAGAAUGCUCUUGAUGACCUUUUAAAAAUAUUAAGAGGCAAAGGUUUUGAAGAUGUGUUACCAACAUGUGCAAGGACAUUACUAAAAACGCCUCGAACAGUGGUAAUGAAUACAGUGUCUGACAUGCAUUACUAUCAUUUUGGACUAAAAUACAUGCUAGAACACAGUUUGCAAUCUGUUUCUAAAGAAAAGCUUGAAGGCAUUCAAUGUCUUGUUUUGUCCUUAAACAUUGAUGGGCUUCCUUUGUUUAAAAGUAGUAAUACUAGUGUCUGGCCAGUUCUUUGCUCUAUCAGCAACAUUAAAUGCUCUCAGGUUUUCCCAAUUUCUUUUUCAGUAGGAACACAUAAACCAUCAAAUUUGGAUUUUUUGAAUGAUGUAGUGACUGAUUUAGGUGAAUUAUUUACAAGUGGCAUUGUUUUUGAUGGAAAACACUUUCAAAUAUCCAUAUCGUGUAUUAUUUGUGAUGCCCCAGCCAAAGCACUUGUAAAGAACACAAAACUUUAUUGUGGGUAUUAUGGAUGUGACAAAUGUAUGCAGAGAGGUGUAUAUGUUGGCCGUAUGACCUACCAAGAUGUGUCUAAUUUGACAUUACGAAAGGAUGAAUCCUUUAGAAGUCAGUCUCAGGAAGAACACCACAAAGGUCUUUCACCAAUAACUCAAUUGCCUGUAGAUAUGAUUAAGCAAUUUCCGAUUGACUAUAUGCACCAGGUCUGUCUAGGGGUGGUUAAGCGACUUAUCUUAUUAUGGAUGAGAGGACCCAGAGCAGAUUUUAGACUUUCAGCCGUAUUGGUUGGGCAAAUUUCUGAAAACUUGAUUUCCAUGCGAAAAUUUAUACCUAAAGAAUUUGUUCGGAAACCAAGAUCUUUAAUUGAAAUUGAUCGCUGGAAGGCAACUGAAUUUCGACAGUUCUUAUUGUACACAGGAGCAUUUGUUCUGAAAGAUGUACUUGAACCUAUCUAUUAUCGACAUUUUUUGGCCCUGAGUAUAGCCGUAUCAAUUUUAGUCAGUGAAAAAUUAACAGCUGAGCACAGUGAUUAUGCCCAGGAUUUACUGGAAUGGUUUGUAGAGAGAGGAAGGGAAUUAUAUGGCAGAGAGUUCCUUGUAUAUAAUGUACACAUGUUAGUUCAUUUGAAAGAUGAUGCUUGUCAGUUUGGUUCUCUUGAAAAUUGUGCAGCCUGGAAAUUUGAAAAUUAUAUGCAACGCUUAAAAAGAAAAGUAAGAUGUGGUAAUCAGCCUGCAGUUCAGUUAGUCAAAAGGGUUCAGGAGGAAUUACUUAUUCAGUCUAGUUAUUCUGUCGCUGAUCAAAAUAGGAUUUACUGUUCUGAACCAAACAAUGCUUUUCAAAUAAGUGAAAAUAAUAAUUAUAAAUUCUGUGAGAUCCAGUCAGUAUGCUUGAAUGAUAAGUAUAUGUGUAGAGUGUACCAUACCAAGGAGUCAUUUUAUCCUCAACCAUAUGACUCCCGAAUUUUAAGAUUCACUAAAUUUCAACAUUUAAAUUAUGAAUUAAAAGUCAUUCGAAGAGAUCAACUAAAGACGAGGUGCAUGGUAGUAAAAUUAGGAAGAAAAGUUGUGUUCCUACCACUCCUGCAUGACAUUCAAGUUUAAUCUCAAGAUGCCUUAUGUUGUGGUGAUUUUUGAUGAUGACAGUGAGGUUGAAAGUGUGCCAAGUUCAUGGGUUGUCAAAGAAAAUGAUCAGGAGAGAUGCUACUGGCCGCUAAAAAAUCAGAAGAGAAAAAUCAUAAGGGAAGAAAUUCCAGACGUGAAAGUAUGGGACCUUUUUGAUUGUCGGAUAGUUGGUAAAUCAGAAUACAAAGAUUAUUCAGAUUCAGUGGUAGCAAUGAAAAAGGCUGAAGUUACAUCUAAUUUGGAGUCAUCCAAUGAAGAUUCUGCAAAAAGGAGCAGAAAAAGGCCACAUAGAUAUGCAGCCAAAGCAGAGGAAUCAAGUGAGGAUGACAAAAUGUUUGUGCAAGAAAAACAGCCAAAGUUGGUGCAGAAAAAAGAUGAGAAAAUUAACAGCCAGGAGAAGAUUCCAAAGACACCACUUUACAAAAAUGGUGAAAAAAGUGCAGAACCAAAGACAUCUAUUAAAGAACAGUUGACAGCUCAAGGAGAUCAGCAAAACUCUAAUUUAGAAAGGCAACUGCCCUCCACUUCAAGUGGUGAAGGACAAAGAUCCUCUACUUCCAGUGGUCAAACACAAAUACAGUCUACCUCCAGUCGUGAAGGAAAAAGGCCCUCUACCUCAAGUGGUGAAGGACAAGGGUCCUCUUCCUCCAGUGGUCUAUUACAAAUGCCCUCAACCUCCAGUGGUGAAGGAAAAAGACCCUCUACUUCCAGUAUUGAAAGGACACCAGACAUGGAAAACCAUGAAGAUUUACCUGUUAUAGAUCGACCUUCAAGUCGCUUGUCACACGGAGACUCUGCAGUGAUGAAGCAAAUGCAGAAAGAUGUUACUGACAUUAAGAAGGCCGUUACAACAAUUCUAAAUACUCUCAUUGUUCAAGAGGAGGUGAUUGUAGAGUCUGUAGAGGACUUUAUUCCUGAGAAAAUAAAAAAUCAAGAAAUGAUGGACCAACUGAAUGAACAAUUAGAAUCUGAUGAGGAGUUCAGGAAAAAACUGAUUAUGGUAUUAGCUAAGCUAAAGGAUGGGGGAGACCUGCCCAGCAUAACAAGACUGGUCAUGAGGUCCAUAUUGACCAAUGGAAUAAUGUCAAAGUAUAGUUUGACCGGUCAAAGAGGGAAGACUCCCUUUAAAGGAACGAGAACCUGUAAAGUCAUCUUGAGGGCCUUGAAAAGAGCAACGAAAAACCGUUUUCCUGUAAAGGAUUAUGAGUUUGAAAUAGCAGAAGUUUUAAGGAAUGCUCCAAACUGUCCAGGAGGCGUAAACUUUUUGAAGAAAAACGCAAACAAGAAGAGAAGAAGUACUGUAGAGGAUUCAGACUCAAAUUAAGACAAUGUCAAAUCACUUAUGAAUACAACACACUACUGGAAAUAAUAAAAAUGCUACAUUCCAAUUUAGAAAAUUUAAUCUUUAUUUAUAGCCACAAUUAAAAGCUCUGAGAACAUGAAGAAAUUAUCAUGUCAAUACUUUAUUUUGGCAUUGCAAAAGGUUAUGCUUUUCCAAGACCCCUAAUGAUGUAUUUAUUCUAAAUCCCUUUGAAGUGAUCUGGUUAAUAUUUAAAUCUAGAAAUACACGAUGUAUUUAUUAGUUGAAAUUUGCCAUAGAACUUGCUUUUGGUUACAGCAAGUACUCUUGGGUUGGUAAGUUGUGUCUAUUGAUUUUUGUAUGAGUCAAACUCUUAUUGACUGGUUUUUAUGGUUCUGAUGAUGCACUGCCAUACCUCUGUCCCAGAUAAGGGGGAAGGUUGAGCACUCACAAAUUGUUUAACACCACUUUUUUGGUCAGCAGCUUGAUUAGUAAAGCGUGAGCACUUUUUGAAUCUGUCGGACAACUACAUCCUGUUUGCCACUUACAAUGUAUUACGAAUUUUUUUAUAUGUUGAAUGAACUAAAAACUUAGUGUCACAUUUGUCCAAUACUACAAAACAGAAUGACUUCAUAUUAAGUCAAUAGCUUGGAAGGAUUAAUUUGUAACAGGAGCACUAUUCAGAUUGGUCAGACACCUGUAUGCUCCCUGUUCUCGGAUACUUUGAAUUACAAGUGGGGCUAAGCUUAGCACUACAACAUGUGCAUUCUUGUUUUUAUAUUAUUAAAGAAAAUGGUGGGUAAGGGCUAUUCCAUUAAAAUGUAUGUGGGAGGGUAGGAAGGGAAGUUUAAUUGUUGAAUGUUGGUCAUUGGUCUUUUUUCAGUAUGUGUCUAUUACCAUUAUGCAAAAUUAUCUAAAAAUGGUUCUUGGUUGUAGGGAUAUUUUAAAAGUCCCUUCCUACCCUCCCACAUACAUUUUAAUGGAAUAGCCCUAAUCAUGCACAACUCUUAAUUUACAGAAGUCGUAUGAUAAAAAUCAAUUUAAACAUAUAAACUUUAAUUUAUAAAUUAUAUUUGGAAAAUAGUCAGACAUGUACUGUAUGUCAUGUAAAUGUAUAAAAAAUGUUUUAAAAUAUGCUGCUUUUUUUUUUAAGUCUGCUGUUGUCUGUCUAUCCAAAUGCGUCAACAGUUUCUUGGCUUCUAUUUUUUUUUUGGUUUUUGGUGGGGUUUUGUGUUGCUGAGUCUUUAUUUUUCAUUGUUUAUCUUUUUGGUCCUUUUCCAUAUUUUAUCAUGGUGUUGUCAGUUUGUCUUUGACUUCUGAGAUUGAAUAUCCCUUUGGAUCUUCAGCCUUUCUCCUAUGAAAGGGACUGAUUUUAUAUUUGGUCUACAGCUUUAUAAUGUUGCGUUGAAGGGUGCAAGCAAUUUUUACAUUUGCCUUACAGAUAUAC